GCUCGCCGUCGCCGCUGCCGCCGCAUGACUUUCACUCGCGACUGCAGCGACGAGUCUCUUCCUCUUCCUCCUCAUGCAGGAUGGGGAAUGGGACAAAUAGUGCACCCAUCAGAUCAAUCGAGCAACAAGCUCUAGCUUGCCUCUUCUGAAUUUCUUUCUGAAACUCCUUGCUUCUUCUGAAUUUCUUCAUUGUUUCGUUUUUUUUUUUAAUUUCGACUCUGACAGUGACCACCACACCAGCGAGGGCGGGGCCAACUUACUCCGGCCACGUCGCCGCCGCCUGCCGUCCUGGUCAGCAACGGCGCCAUCUCGCCACACGCUCCCCUUUCUGCCGCGUCCUUCCUCGAGUCCACCCCGGGCGCCUACACCACUGCCCGCGGCCUCCUCUGGUGGCCCCGCCACCUCCUCCGCCUUUCCGACUCCGCUCGCCUCCUCUGGUGGCCCUGGUGCUCGUGCAAAGCUUCAAUUUUUAUGGCACUUUUGGUAGUCUGCAGGUUUCAAAAGGAUGAGGAAGAGCAUGUAAAAGAUGAGGCCUCCUGGGGUAACAGAGCUCUUGUUGACUAAUGAUGGGGAUCGUAUUCUUGAAGUCAGUGUCACAAACUUCUUUGUUGUCUGCCAAAAGGAGGAACUUCAGAGGAACGGAGGAUUCUCUAAUCAAUUAUUGGCUAUUAAGUUUGAAGUGCAAACAGCUCCACUGAGUGAUGGAAUCCUCCCUGGAAUUAUACAUCAGAUAGUGAUAGAGGUAUGCCAUGAUCUUGGAAUCCCAGUAGUACGAGAGGUUUCUCCAUCUCCAAGCAUGAACUUUGGCAAGAGGCCUUUGUUACAAGUAGCUUAAGGCUCAUCCAGCAUGUGGAGUCAAUUCAAGUGCCUUUGUUGUGGGAGGACAUACAAUCAAAAACCUGGAGUGAUGUAUCUUUGGGGGAGGUGAGGGGGGGGGGGGGGUGAAACAAUUUCAGAUAUGCAAUACUUAUUUCUUAGUUCUUUUCGGUUAUAUUAUAGUCUAUUUGUAACCUUGUCAAAAUUCAAACUAGGGUGCUUGAUGCAUUACCACACAGAUGCAGGUUAGUUGUCUUACAAGACCAUAAAAUUUCUGAAACUAUGGCCUGCUGAUUUAUUCUCCUUAGCCUUUGUGAGGUGUCUAACAAUUUUAUAUCCAAAUUAUAUCGAACAAUACUAUCUAUUUUUCACAGCUAUGCGUAAAUUAAUAAUUCAGAAGCUGUUCUUUAUCGCACACUUGUGACUAACUCACUCACCUUGUAGAGAGAAAUAUUGAAGAGAGCAAAAACAGAGGAAUAAGACAUAAAAAAUCACCUAUGAGUUCUGAAUGUUAUUAUUAGUUCAGUAAAUGGUGUUGGCUUUGUUUCUUCCCAUCAUUUAUUAUUCACAAAAGUUAAGCACAAUCGUUAUAGUCAUUUUACUUUCGAUCAGGCUUUUUAAGGUAGCAUUCCUUUGUAAGGAGAACUCAGACAAUUUAGUUUUAGUGAUUUGUCAAAAUAAUUCAUUGCUUUGUGCUUUCAUAU